AUGAACAUAUUUAACAGAGUGAGUGCUAUUACCGGCAUCCAUUUCCUUAUGAUCUAUUCAGAAAGUAAAACCUGAGAAUUCAAAUCAAUCCAGGUCUAAUAGCAAAUCGUCAUCGUCAUCAACUCCUAAAAAACAGAAAAACCCGGUUUCGGAAUCAGAUUCCAAAAGCGAGAAGACGGUGUCCGUUUUAAUAUUCUCGGAUCCUCCUAUUAUUAUUAUUACAUUUCCAGAGUUACGAAACCUGGGUCUUUUCGGAAACGAGUCGAUGCCGCGUCAGCAAAGUCACGUGUCGAAUCUCCACAACAGGAGAAACGGAACACGGCUCAGAAGAUCAAGAAAGCAGUGGCCAGUCUGUCGCUGUCGCCUGCCAGAAAUCAGAAGACCCCGCCGUCGGCUGGAGAAGAUAGGAAGAAGCACGCUCCCAAGUAUGCGGAUUAGCAGCCAACUCGUGAGAAACUGACGUAUUCCAGAAGCGAAAAGGACGCGGAGAAAGUGAGAAAGUCGAAGGAGUAUGCGUCACUGUCACUCAGUGGAAGCAACGAACUCUCGCUGAAGCACUUGAAUUCUGAAAUGAAACCGCUGAGAAGCGAACGAUCUCUGAUUGGAUUGGACGGAGAAUCUGACUUCGCUUACGACAGAAAGACGGUGACGAAAAAGCCGACUUUCAGUUCACCGUCAUCCGUUAAAGGAUCCAGUUCGCAAGAGGACAGCAGUACUUCGGAGGUCAGUGAUAUAAAUCAGACUCCGACAGCGUCAAGACGUCAAGAUUUUCAGACAAAAGACUCGAUAUCAUUGGCGGAAGAUGAAGAGCAGCGAGACACGUUCAAGAAGUUGUUCAAAGAGCUCGGAAUGAGCACUCAGAAGCUGACACUCGAUGACUUCCUACUCGACUUCAACUCACUUCCCGGAGACCCCGCUCCAGAGCAAUGCACCGCAUACAACUCGCCACUAAACACGAAGAAAAACCGCUACACAAGUGAAAAGCAGCACACAAACCCUAUUCUAUUUGUGUUAUUCUUCAGACAUUCCAUGUCUCGACAGCUCCAGAGUCCGUCUCACAUUCAUGGCCACCAAAAAGGAGCCGAGCAGCGAAUACAUUCAUGCCAACUACAUCAAGAGCGCAUUCCUGAAAAGAGAAUACAUUCUGACGCAGGGACCGAAGAAGGAGACGUUCGCGGAUUUCUGGAGAAUGGUGUGGCAGGAGAAGUCGACCGCUAUCGUGAUGCUCUGUCAGUUUGUGGAGACGAACCGCGAGAAGUGUUUCGAAUACUUUCCACGAAACGCGAAUUGCACAAUGCGUUUCGACAAACUAAUGCUCACUUACGAGGAAUCGACGGUCCACAAGAGCAUGGUGACGACACGACUGAAGCUGCACUACGAAGGAGAGUCCCGUAUCAUCACGCAUUUUCAAUGGAAAGAGUGGCCGGACUAUCAAGUGCCCGGAUCUUCGGAAAUCAUUCUCAAGAUUCUGCGGAAGAUCCGAGCGAAGAGCACGCCUCCGAUCGUCCAUUGUGCUGCGGGCGUCGGCCGUUCGGGCUCGCUGAUCUCCAUCGAAAUCGCGCUCCAAGCAAUACACAGUCACCACAAAGUUCCUGAUAUCAAACAGGUUCGCGAUCCCACAUUCCAAAAGUUUCCAUUUUUCUGUUUCAGAUUGUGACCGACUUGCGCCUGACUGGCCGUGCUUCCGCAGUGCAAACUGUUCAACAGUACAUGCUCAUCUGGAAAGUGGUCCUCGAUUUCGGAGUCUCCAAUAAGUUGAUCGGUGAAGAAAUCGUCGGAAAGUUCGCUUCCACGUAUCGCAGAUCUUUCCGCUCUUACACCACCUCAUAA